UGUCCCAAUAUUUAUGGACCUGACUGUAGAUGGAGGACUCAAUGAGAAGGAGAUCAGUCAACAGAUCAGCUCUGAGGACGGAAGACAGAAUCCACCUCAAACAGACACUUUGAGAGCUGAAGCUUCAACUGACAGCCAACAAUACUGUGAUCUGGGCAUCCCUGACAUCCAUGCAGCACUGAGAGAACUGACCGCCACCGUUACAGAGCAGAAAGGAAACAUCAGAGCUUUAGAGACGCAACUGAGGGAACAACAGACGUUUAUCCUGGAAGAGAUGAACAAGAAAAAUGAAGAAAUUUCAAAUCUUACUCUGAGUCAAGUGGAGGAGUUGAGAAAGGAAAAUAGAGACAGAGAAAUAGCUUUUUCAGCUUCAAUGCUGGAAUCUGGCAGUGGAUAUAUUGGUCCUUUUACCACUGAAAUCACACUAACCUACAGGAACGUCUUCACAAACAUAGGGAACGCCUACAACCCAAUUACAGGUGUUUUCACAGCCCCACUGAAAGGAGCGUACAUGUUCAGAAUCUCUGUAUAUGGUCAUGGCCCUGUAUCAGGUGGCUCCAUUUAUAAGAAUGGACAGCGUGUGGUUAUGGCAUAUGAUUAUCAGGCUCAGGAUCGGUUAAACUCCUCUAAUGGAGUUGUGUUGAUCCUGGAGGUUGGAGAUGUUGUCUAUGUUAAACUUUGGCAUAACGCAAAGAUAUAUGAUGACCAGUAUAAUCACAGCACAUUCAGUGGUUUCCUACUGUUUCCCUUAAGAUAACAGGAGCUUUGAAGAAUGUGAUUCUAAUAAUUCUGAACCUUCAGUGUAUGACUUAAGAUGAUAAUCAUGAAGAAUCAUUAUCAUAUGAACCUGUAUUAAUGAAAACUAAUAUGUGUUUGAAAUUUGCAGUAGAUUACUGUAUAAAAGUCUGAGCUGUUUAUGUAACAUUGUAUAAAGAGUUUCAGCACUGAGACAGACGGGACAUGAAUAUCACAUGUGACUCAAAAGUAGGGCUGUCACGAUUCCUCGAUUAAAUAUGAGUACUCUAUUUUUUUUUUAAAUCCUUGAUUGCAAUCUACCCGUGUCGACUAAUGUCGAGUUCACACUGCAUGAUUUUCAAACUCAUCAGAUCACUGAUCUUUUCACACUGCACCACUAUCUGGAACAGCAUUCAGUAACUGCUGUGAGCACAUUGCUCCAUGGAUCGGCGACAGGGGGUUACAUAUUACAUGACUUUACAAUAGGAAGAAUUGCAGACUCUGUCUGGUCCGCAAACUACGCUUCACAACCAAACACACGAGCAGUGAUAAGGGAAUAACACAAGGACACGUGUGAGAAUUGUUAUUAAAAAUGUUAGCCUGCAAGAAGCUUGUGAUCCAAAUUGUCUGUGUGCUAACUUGCAUCAAAAAGGAUUAAAAAAAGAAAAAAAAACAUUUAAUUUUUGAAAAAAUGAAAAAAAGAUUAUGGCGGAGGAAAUGUUUGGUGAGACGUGGGUCUGUAACUCCUCCCCCAACUUCCUGCUGCCCUGUAUCUUGCUCUCUCAUUGGCUGUAGGUCAUCGCUGAUGUCAUUUUCAGUCAGAACUCAUUUCACACAUCAGGAUUUUGAAUUGCAGACAAAUCCAGAUAUUUAACAUGCCAAAUAUCUCACGAGCGUCAGCAAUGCAUCAUCAGUUCUCUUAGAACGCGUCUUUGAUCAUUCACACUGCAUGAUUGUCACUCAUGUGAAUGAGCACCGAUUUCCUUCCGAUUUCAGGAAUUUGACGGUGGUUUCGGUAAAUCUCUCAAAGAUUUAUCUGUCGUGUGAAAAUGGGGCCUAAAAUCAUGUGCAUUCCAUGGACGAGAGUCAAUGAACCGCAUUAUUAGACCGUUUCUAAGGCUGUCUCAAGACAAAUUAUUUGUUCACAAUGUACACUCACACUGUUCAUUGUGAUUUUAAUUGUGUAAGAGAGACGUGCCAGUUAAAAAUUUUUGAUAUAUGGUUUUAUGAGCACACACACCUAGUGCAUACAGAAAACCAGCUGUCACUGCGCAUGUCCUAAACUGAAUUACCUGUAGCGUCUUAAUGCGUUGUGUCAAAAUCUCGAGGUUCACAUAAACAAGUUUUGUCUUAAGUGAAUGUAUCUGGGAAAGAAAUCGUGUAUGUUAAUCAGUAUAUUGGAUCAAUGCAUUACUGUAGAUUCAAAUAAAACAAUUCAAAAUAAAUGUUAUUUACGAAGACGGAUGUGUAAUAUAGUGCAAGAAUACUGAUGUAAUAUUGCAACCAUUUUUGUGCAAAAGAUAAACAACUUAAAGGAUUAGUUCACUUUUAAAUAAACUUUUGCUGA